GUAGGAUUACGGUUCACAGCCUCAGCGCACAACCAGACGUUAUGCUCCUCUUUUAAUCUUCAGAUUUUCCAUAUUACUAUAUUUAUUCGUUUAUUUCUCGUCCUCUAGCUACGUGUUGUCAUUCUUGCGCACAUUGACUUGUCUAUGCCGCUUUCCCAAACUGUUCGAGUUUGUUCAGGAUUUGCAGGGGUGAAGUUGGAUCACCUCUCCCAUGCCGGGUUUUCCUUGUUGACUCUGUCAAGUGGCUAUUGCUGUUGUUCGGUUCUGGUCUGUAAGUUGGGGAUCACUAUGCUUUUGAGGGUCUUCGCUUGCAGUGAAACAUCUUGGAUUUCUGGGUUUGCUCUGUAAUGAGCCAACCCUCCCAGCGAUUUUGAAUACCCUCUGGACUUCGACACUUGGGUUUCGUGCGAUUUUAGAGGGGGUUUUCCUAGUUUCUUUGUGCGGAGGGAGAAAUGUUUCUUCCAAGAUAAUCGAAGGUUCCGUCGAGCAAUUUCACUACAGUACCUGGAGCUUACUAUUCCCCGUGCCACUCGUCGCUUCAUUUAACUCCAUGCGACUUGAUUUGUCAGAUUCUCUCUGGUUUGGGAGUCGCUUUUGAGGGUUUUGAGAGUCCGAGGUUCUGACAUGGAGCUUUCUUGGCUCCACCCUGUCUAUGGCCCGAUUUAAUGCAUUGCAUUUAUCACUUUCAGUGGUAAAGCCGCGUAUGCCGGUUCGUGGAUCAAGCUGCCUCGAAGAUUGUGUGGAGAAGUACGAUGGGUAGUGUUUGUGCGGAUCGUCAAGCGGGGAGGGAGUUAAAAUCAGGGCACCUUGCUUGGAAAAUCACAGCUGAAGAAUGAUGGGCUUGGUUUCAAAUUUUCUCGAGCCUUUUCUUGAUUUGGAAGCUGUGAGUUGUCAUAUACAUCUCGUUUAGGGGAUUUCCUCGAGGAAGUCUUUGCGCUUCGGAUUAAUUCCGCAGGACUUUGUUUGUGGAUUUUUGGGGCCGCAAGGAAAGCUGUUGAAGUAUUCCAUUGUCGAUUUCUUAUUAGAAUCUGGGUAUAUGUUCUUCACACAUCAACUAUCUCCUGAUUAGUUCGCUUUUACCAUGAUUGUCAUCUCAUUUAUCCUGUCGAAGAAGAAUUCUUCAGGAGCUUGAUCUGGUCUGCAUCCUUCUGGGAAGCUACUAAGGAAGCACUUAAAUCUGUUCAGUGCUUACAUGUGCGAUCUAGGCCUCUGGGUGCGCAGGAUUUGAGCGUGUUCGAUUGAAAUUAACCGGGCAGGUGUAAGAUUUUGAGUAGGGUAUUACCUGGGCACGUUGCGGCGGCAUGUUACUAUCACGAAAUUUACAAGAGUUACGCACGAGAUUGGACGUUAGUCAAGGGCAACUUAAUUGAGCAACCCUUUCUCACAGUCAACCAUUCUCAAGCUUUUAUUGCAAUCUCACUAUUGGUCUUUAAGCUUCGAAUUUGUUUAAAGUAAACUAUUGUAGCUCUUGGGGGAGAGAAUCAUGGAUUGGUAAGAUGCGACUUGCUGAUGGAGUAAGCGUGAUUGUGGAAGACAUUUUUGAGCCAUAGCCUUCGGUAGUCGACAAUUACAAAGAUGGCUGAUUCAGUCGCUCCACUAUCAUCGUCGGUGUUGCGCAAUCUGGCUGAUAAGUUGUAUGAAAAACGUAAAACUGCAGCAUUAGAGGUUGAGAGCGUGGUGAAGUCACUCACCGGGGCUCAGGAUCAUGAGAAGAUCUCCAGUAUCAUCCGCCUUCUUACGAAUGACUUCGCUCUUUCUCCUCAGGCCAAUCACCGUAAGGGAGGUCUGAUUGGUCUGGCAGCUGCAACAGUAGGUCUUGCAUCUGAAGCUGCCCAACACCUGGAGAAAAUAGUUCCUCCGGUCCUUAGUUCAUUCAUAGAUCAGGACAGCCGUGUGCGGUAUUAUGCUUGUGAAGCCCUUUAUAACAUAGCAAAGGUUGCGAGAGGUGAUUUCAUUGUAUUUUUCAAUGACAUCUUUGAUGCGCUUUGCAAACUCUCAGCAGACUCGGAUCCCAAUGUACAAAGUGCUGCUCACUUGUUGGACCGCCUUGUCAAGGACAUUGUCACUGAAAGUGAUCAAUUCAGCAUUGAGGAGUUCAUCCCACUUUUGAGGGAGCGCAUGAAUGUACUCAAUCCAUUUGUUCGUCAAUUCUUGGUUGGAUGGAUCACUGUGCUGGAUAGUGUUCCAGAUAUUGACAUGCUUGGUUUUCUCCCGGACUUUCUUGAUGGGUUAUUCAAUAUGCUCAGUGAUAACAGCCAUGAGAUACGACAGCAGGCUGAUCAAGCCCUUGCAGAGUUUCUGCAGGAGAUAAAAAAUGCACCUUCGGUGGACUAUGGUAGAAUGGCUGAGAUACUUGUACAAAGAGCAAGAUCUCUUGAUGAGUUCACUAGACUCACCUCUAUUACUUGGGUCAAUGAAUUUGUGAAGCUGGGGGGAGAUCAGCUUGUGCCCUACUACGCUGAAAUCCUUGGAGUUGUGCUUCCUGCUAUAUCUGACAAGGAAGAGAAGAUACGAGUGGUUGCUCGAGAAACAAACGAGGAACUGCAAUUGAUUAAGGCCGAACCGUCAGAGGGCUUUGAUAUUGGUGCUGUUUUGGUCAUUGCACGGGGGGAGCUUAGAAACGAGUCUGAGGCAACGAGGUUGGAGGCCUUGAGGUGGAUUUCUGUGCUAUUGGAGAGACACCGAACAGAAGUUCUUUCAUUUUUGGAUGAUAUCUUUCCUGCCUUGCUGAAAGCACUUUCUGAUUCAUCUGAUGAAGUUGCCCUGCUUGUACUGGAAGUGCAAGCCUGCAUAGCUCGAGACCCUCAACAUUUCCGACAUCUUAUGAAAUUUCUUGUUCAUCGGUUCAACUCUGAACAUUCUCUUCUUGAAAGGAGAGGUACAUUGGCAUUAGGAAGGCUGUGCCAGUUGUUGGGUGCGGAACGAGUUUAUCGAGAGUUGGCCACAAUUUUGGAAGGAGAAGCGGACUUGGAGUUUGCAACUAUUAUGGUUCAGGCACUUAAUUUGAUACUCUUGACCGCUCCAGAGCUGGCAGAGUUGAGAGGUCUACUGAAAGAGACUCUUUCAGCUCCAGGUGGACGGGAUCUGUUUGUUGCCUUGUAUUCAUCUUGGUGUCACUCAUCCAUGGCGACUGUUAGUCUCUGUUUGCUUGCCCAGGCUUACCAACAUGCGAGUUCUGUGAUUCAAUCGCUUGGAGAGACAGACAUUAGUGUAAAUUUACUAGUACAAGUAGAUAAGUUAGUGCGACUUUUAGAGACUCCUAUCUUUGCAUACUUGAGGUUGCAGUUGUUAGAGCCAGGGCGUUAUCCUCACCUCCUAAAAGCUCUUUAUGGGCUUCUUAUGCUUCUCCCGCAGCAAAGCUCGGCAUUCAAGAUCUUGCGCACUAGACUGAAGACAGUUCCAUCACAUUCAUUUAUGCACGCGCCUCAUGGAACAUUAAUGCCUAGUGAAUUCCCUGGUCUUAGCGCAAUACGGAGAAGCGCUUCAGUUGGACCUUAUGACAAGAUUUUAUCUCAUAUUGCACCAAUGCCAACUACUCUCAGCCUUCAUGCUACUGAGGAUGGAGAAAAGGUUGCAGAUUCUGCUAGUAAUGGAGGUGCAGGAAUUAACUUCGCCGUACAGCUGAAACAGUUUGAGCAUAUGCAACAGCAACAUCGAAUGCACAGAGUGGUUGAUAGUAAUUUAAAACCUCCUCGCAGGCCUCCAAUUGUCUCAAAUCAGAAUGGACAAAGAGCUGAGGAUCGACCAGAUUCACAAUUUCCAAGAGGGUUUGCCUCUGAAGCACGUGUUCCACCACAGUCUCCACGGUCUCCAUGGAGCUAAUGCUGAUCUCAUGCUAUGUAUCUGCCUGCACUAUAUUCAACCCAAUUUAAAGAUAUAAAAGGAGAAUGCAAUUUGCUUUCUUUUUGCAUUUUGUUUAUAUUGGAUUGGCCACAUCUCCCUCAUGCACUAAAUUUCAUGCAGGGAUAGCCUUCUGACCCGAUGAUUGCUCUUUUCGAGGCUCUACGGCUUUGAGGGGGAUUCAAAGCUUUACGAUAUUCACUAGGUGAUUGAUAUUGGACCAGUUUUGGAGCUGGAGGAAUAAGAUUUGUUCAGAUAUACGGCUACAGCUGCUAACCCCACAGUGGGUCUAGAACUCAGCUGGGGUUUGAUGUGAUAUAGAAUGAAGGGUGUUCACCCUGUUAUUCUCCAGAUGGAGUUUGUGGACAUUGUUUCUGAUCCACGCUUGUAAGCAAACACUAGGCAUUGUGCAGUGUAACAUCGUAUGGAGUGAUGUGAAAGCUCCUGGUUCGAGUUUGUUUCUUCUUCCACUUCAUUCAUCUGGUUACGUAGAUCACCUUUUAGGUUUCUCGACUGUUGGUAAUGUAUAGUUUCGAUGUAUGUGCUUCGGUCAUAUCUAUUACAAUUAGAGCAGUUUUGAGCAGAUCCAAGUGCUCCUCAAACUAUAUCCAAAGAUUUUCAAUUUGUUCA